UCCUUCACUGAUGUGCGUUGAUGAGGCAGCACUGCUGGUGGCACUGACUGGCAGCACUGGUGGGUGGCACUGGUGGGCAGCACUGCUGGGUGGGCACAGGUGGGUGGCACUGGUGGGCACAGGUGGGUGGGCACUGCUGGGCACAGGUGGGCGGAACUUGCGGGUGGCACUGCUGGGCACCGAUCAUCAGGGCACUGAUCAUCAGUGCCCUGAUGAUCGGUGCCGAUCCCCGCUCUGACAACUGCCGGUUCUCGGCAGUACUUUCCUCACGAUCUGACAGCGUGAGGAAAGUGCAGCCGAGAACAGGCACUUGCAU